UCUCCGGCAGCAGUUUCUUUUCGUUACAUGAUCGAAGCGAUCAAAGCCUUUUUAGAGGGAGAAAAAUACGGUGAAUUUCAAGCCUGGUGCAAAGAAAAAAUAUUAAAAGAUUUUAACGAAACUCGCAAAAUCCUCAAAAAUCUUUUUCUGCGUUAUCCAGAAGGAUUUGCCACGAUUAAUAUUGAAACCGGGCGGGAUUUAUGGAAUUCGGAAGAAGAAAGGAACAAAAUUGAACGAAAGAACCGUGACCGAGAAAAAGAAAAAGAAGGGAUUAGGCAAAAAUUAAGGGAUAGCAACUCGGAUAUUCCUCCUAAUGAAGAAAAUAUUAAGAGAUAUCUUUAUCCAGGACUCUCUCCACAAAAAAGAUAUCAGCAUAGUUUUCAAGAACCAUUUGGGGAGCAAGGGAAACUCUCUAUAAAAGUUCCCGGUUCUGAAAAAACCACUACCACCUAUUUUCCCUACAAAUAUACCAUUUAUUUUUUGAAUAAUUACCAGAAUGAGGACCAGUUGCGAGGUGCUGUAGUUCAUGAGUUUGCCCACCAUUAUCUCUAUUCAACAAUUGGCGACCAUAAGCACAACGAUAAUUUUUACUCUACCAUGGAGC